AUGGUCGGAAUACACACCAUUAUCUUACUCUUUUUUCUUUUCUCUGUUCAAACAACUCCCAAAAAUGAACACCCCCAAGACUUCGAAGACGACACGUCCGUCCUCCUCCACAACUACUUUGUUCUCUCUCACUCCCUCACUACCCUCUACACCCAAUGGUCCCUUUCAGAUGCCAACUUCGCCCGGCGUGCGCCCGCCUUCACGGGGAUCCGCAUCCUUAACCAGGACGCAUGGGAGACGCUGAUCUCCUUCAUCUGCAGCAGCAACAACAACAUUUCGCGCAUCAGCCAGAUGGUGAUGAAGCUGUGUACGCACUACGGUCCUUAUGUGGCCACCGUGGAGGGAGAAGCGUUUCAUGAUUUCCCCGGGCCGGAGGCGUUGGCGGGGGAUGGGGUCGAGGCCCAUCUGAGGGAGCUGGGCUUUGGGUAUAGGGCCAAGUACAUUGCUGAGACGGCGGGGUGUGUGGCGCAGGUUUAUGGGGAGAGGUGGUUGCUGAGGUUGAGGAAUCCGGGUGUUCCUGCGUUGGGGGCGGCUGAGGAGGAUAUUUCAGUGAAGAAGGAAGAAGGGGCAGAAGAGAAGGAGCCUGUUGAAUCCAAGGCUGACUUGGACAAUCCACCGACCUACCAGAAGGCUCAUGAAGCUCUGUUGACUCUGCCGGGCGUUGGCCCCAAGGUGUCGGAUUGUGUGUGCCUAAUGGGUCUCGGGUGGGGCGAGUCUGUUCCCAUCGACACGCACGUUUGGCAGAUCGCGCAAAGAGACUACAAUUUUGGUGGGAAAGGGUCUGCCAAGACCAAGACGCUCAACAAGGCCAUGUAUGUGGCCGUAGGCGACCAUUUCAGGAAGAUCUGGGGUCCUCAGGCUGGUUGGGCACAGAGUGUCCUCUUUACUGCGAAUCUCAAGUCAUUUUCCGAACAAGCAGCAGGGGUAGAGAAGAAGGGGGUGGUGAAAGUCGAAGAGGAAAGCCAGGAAGAGAUGGUUACGACUGCUGAGGUUGUGCCCAAACCCGGGAAAAAUAAAGGAGUGGUGGUCAAAAUCGAAGAAAGCGAAGAGAUGGCCGCCACAACGUCAGUGGCCAUGUCCAGGAAACGGAAAACGGUUGCUGCGGAAGUGAUACCAAAAGCUGAACCGGACGCCACCGUCCAUACGACAACAACCCGGACGUUACGAUCCAGUAAAAGAAUAAAGAGUCAAGUUUGAGGUCGAGAAUAACGCCGAUGGGGCUGCUUUGUUACCAAUAUAUACCAACUUGAGCACAUAUUCCCAUCG